AAAAUUCGGAAAAACUCCAAAAAUUCAAUCUCGAUCAAUAUCACAUCGAUAUACCCAUCACGUACCUACCUAUCAGCACGCCUAGCUCUAAUUCCCCAGGCGUUCUCAAGGUACCGUGCUCAUGGCGAUGGCAUCUUCCAUCCGGCCAUCAAUUGGCCGAAUAAUAAACUCCGCGGGCCCUCACCACCCAUCUCCCCUCCUAGCCAUCCUCUCUACAACAACCAAAACCACGACAGCACAACGCUGCCCCUUCUCCUCCACACCGAACCUCAGUAUACGCAAACCACGGCGCGAUAACAAUAGACUGCGUGGUGUGAGUAGUAUAUAUCGAUCGGGUCCGCGGGCGCGAACGAAUAUAUCCAAGGACGAGAUACCGCAGCCGGCAGAUUACACGCCGGAGGUCGAGACGGAUCCGAAUCAUGGGUUAUGGCAGUUUUUUUAUGCGCCUGAUCGCCUGGUCCCGACGCCUGAGAAGGCGGAGGAAUAUGGGCGUGCUUGGACUGUUGAGGAGCUGAGGCAUAAGAGUUGGGAUGAUUUGCAUCGCCUGUGGUGGGUGUGUGUUAAGGAGAAGAAUCGCAUCGCGACUGCGCUUAAGGAGUCGAAGAGGUUGAAGUUGUUGAGUGGUGAUGAUGAGAUUAAGGCUAGGUUGCAGGAGGUCCGCAAGACUAUGAAGGCGAUUAAGCACACUCUGACGGAACGAUACUACCUCUGGGAAGACGCAAGGGAGCUGGCUGCGACGGACCCGGAGAUCAAUCUUAGCAAUACGAAGACACCUUACAACCCUAGUAAAUACUUCGACGAGAUUGAGCCUACAGAAGAAGCUGCAUCGGCAGAGGGAUCACAAGAGGGAGGAGACAAGUCGACUGCGGAAAAGGUAGACCCGUCUACAAUCCCGGCUAAUGCUACGGAAACUCAACAACCUUCGACGAGAGUAUGAAAUGCUACCUUGACCUAGGUGUUUUAUGUAUGUUGAUACAUAAUAAAAGCUCUGAAAAUGGAGCGUGUAAAUAUGUGUACAUCAAGCCUACUUCGAUAACUUGUGGCUUUUAUGAUACCUUGAGAUAUGAAGAUAACAAUCUGAUCUUUAAAUUAUGUAUUGUGACGUAACACGGGGAUAAUAUAUAUCGGAUAUUACUACUACAAAA